AUGUUGUCUAUUGCUCGUAUCGCCACCCUUUCAAAGAGACCAAUUGCACUGGUUGUUUCCAAGUCAUUAGCCCUUCAAUCUAGCCCAGCAUACAAUGCAGUGAGAUCCGAAUUGGCAUUCCAGAAGAGAUUUGCUUCUGUCACUGUAAAGGUGCCAGAUAUGGCUGAAUCGAUUACCGAAGGUACUUUAACCGCAUAUACCAAGGCUGUAGGUGACUUUGUGAAACAAGACGAAACUAUUGCUACUAUCGAGACCGAUAAGAUUGACGUUGAAGUUAAUGCCCCAGUAUCCGGUACCAUUACUGAUUUAUUGGUUGAAGUUGAAGAAACCGUUGAAGUUGGUCAAGAAUUAGCAAAGAUCGAAGAAGGUGACGCCCCUGAAGGUGGAGCCGCUCCAAAGAAGGAAGAGUCAUCAGCUCCAGAGAAGGACGAAGCUCCAAAGAAGGAAGAAUCAUCAGCUCCAAAGAAGGAAGAAGCUCCAACACCAAAGGAUGCCGCUCCAGCCGCUCCAGCAUCCCCAGCCUCCAAAAAGGACUCUGCUCCAGCCAAGAAGGAAUCUGCUCCAGCCAAGAAGGAAUCCCUGUCAUUCACAAACUUUUCGAGAUCCGAAGAAAGAGUUAAGAUGAACAGAAUGAGAUUGAGAAUUGCCGAAAGACUUAAGGAAUCUCAAAACACCGCUGCUUCAUUAACCACUUUCAACGAAGUUGACAUGUCCAACUUGAUGGAAAUGAGAAAGCUCUACAAGGAUGAAUUCUUGGAAAAGACUGGUAUUAAGUUGGGUUUCAUGGGUGCAUUCUCCAAGGCUUGUACCUUGGCCAUGAGAGACGUUCCUUCUGUUAACGCUGCCAUUGAAAAUAACGAUACCAUGGUGUUUAGAGACUACACUGAUAUUUCCAUUGCUGUUGCUACACCAAAGGGUUUAGUUACUCCAAUUGUUAGAAAUGCUGAAUCCCUUUCUAUCCUCGAUAUUGAACAAGAAAUUUCCAACUUGGGUAAGAAAGCUAGAGACGGUAAGUUGACCUUAGAAGACAUGGCUGGUGGAACUUUCACCAUUUCUAACGGUGGUGUUUUCGGCUCAUUAUACGGAACUCCAAUCAUUAACUUGCCACAAACUGCCGUGUUAGGUUUACAUGGUGUCAAGGAAAGACCUGUCACCGUUAAGGGACAAGUUGUUUCCAGACCAAUGAUGUACUUGGCAUUAACCUACGACCACAGAAUAUUAGAUGGUAGAGAAGCUGUCAUCUUCUUAAGAACUGUCAAGGAAUUGAUUGAAGAUCCAAGAAAGAUGUUGUUAAUGUAA